AUGCUUGCCGGUGAUGACUCAGGCGCAGGAACUGAGCUUGCUGCAUCGGGUGUCGUACUGGACAACGAAGAAGUAGAGUCAGCGGUCGAGCUGGUGGAAGAUGCUGCUGAGGUCGAGGAUGAUAACUCUGAACUAGAAAUCAAGCUUGUCGGAUCGAUCAACGGGCUCGAAGAUAGCGGUAGCCCGGUUGAAAUUGACGCUGAAGACAAUGAUGCACUAGAUGUGACCUCAGCUGGACUUGCAGGACUGGACUCGGAUGUCGAGCUUCUAUCUGAACUCGACGAGGGAGCGGAAGACGUGGCAUCAAUCGUUGAUGUGCUAGCGGAUGAAGAACUUGAUGUCGUGAUUGUGAUCUCUUCAGAGCUUGCCAGCGAGCUCACAUAUGUUGAAUCAAUUCCCAAAGUGCUGGUUAGAGAUGACGAAGAGGAUUCAGUGGAGCUAGCAAGAGAAGUAGCAGUCAAGCUUGGAGAGGAUCGGGAAACGCUUUCGGAGGUGCUCGAGCUACUCUCAGUCAAAGUACUCUGCGAGAUUGGAAGUUGGCUGGCAGGGUCAAUUGUCGGGCUCGGCGAAGAAGGAGUAGCGCUGGAAACGUCUGAAGAAGUCGAUGCGAUACUUGAAGUCGAACUGGAGGAAAUUGAAGUAGCUACAAUCAGGCUGAUUGAGGAAACAGACGAAGUUUCCAAGGUGUCCGAGGCUGUCGAGGAAUCCGCCAUCAAAGUCGACAACGAACUUGACGAUUCAAGUAUGUCUGUGGAGCUGGAGUUUUGCCCAAUAGAUGUGAUCGAUGACGUGGAAAACAAGGUAUUCGGGUCAGGCGUGGCGCUUGAAGACGAAGAGCCGGCCACAAAGCUCUCAGCUGUAGUGGUUGAGACCCCGAGAGUCACACUGCUUGAGGAGGGGGUUGGCUGCUCUGAAGUCGUGGUCGAGAUUAGAUUCGACGUGUCUGAACUACUUGAACUAGAGGCGCUGAGUUCAUCGCUAGUCGAAGUGCUGCUCGAGGAAAAUGGUGUACCAAGGUUGGCCUCAUUGCUUGAGGUCGAGGUUGUAGAGCUUUCACUGCUAGAGGAACUUGAAGAAUCGACGACUGAUGAGGGAGUGAUGCUAGCGGUAGAUAGCAAUGUGUCGGACACAAAUGUCGAGCUUGAUGAAGACGACGCUUCCGAUGUUUGGCUUGAUUCGAGAGACGGGAAACUAGUCUCUGGGCUUGUCGUUAUUGAGUUGGUAGAUGUUGGCAGAAAUGUGUCAAUCUCAGCAGUAAUUCGGGUGCUGGAGAAAGAGGAUGAGUCUUCCGAAGAACUGGAUGUAGGCGGAGUGCUAAAGUCUGAAGUUGGGAUGCUCGAUACUGAAGAACCUUCACUUGAGGAGUUACCGAUUGAUGAUGGAAGUAACGUGCCUGUUUCAAGAGUUGUCGACGUAAUUGAAGAGAGGGACGAGAAAUCGACCGAGGAGCUGGCCGAUGCCCCAUCCACACGAUCGCUUGUCGAAUUGCUUGGAGGUCAAUACUCGUUGUAG